AUGAACGCUCGGCAGUUCCUUCGCGUGGCUCCCGCGCUGUCGGCGCAUGCCUCGGGGCCAAUAUGCCGACGGAGUUUACAGACGAGUAGUCUGGGCCUUCAACGGCAGUCCUCGCGAACGUCAAACCCCUCAACACAGACACAGACAUCAAGCUGGCUCCCGGUGCCGUUUGUGACCGAGACGAUUGCGGGGAUGAGCCACACGACCGACCUGUUCAGCCGACUGCUCAAGGAGCGUAUUGUGACCGUGUACGGCGAGGUGGACGACCGCAUGGCCGCGACGGUGACCGCAUCCCUACUAUAUCUCGAGGCCGAGAGCGACCGUCCAAUUUCCAUGUACAUCAACUCCCCGGGCGGUUCGGUGACGGCGGGGCUCUCGAUCUACGAUUGCAUGAACUACAUCGUGCCGGAGGUGACGACGCUGGUGCUGGGCCAGGCUGCGUCGAUGGGCAGUCUUCUGCUUGCCGGCGGCGCCGCGGGCAAACGGUACUGUCUGCCGCAUUCGACCAUCAUGCUUCAUCAGCCGAGUGGAGGCUACUUCGGGACCGCGGCGGACAUUGCAAUACAUGCCAAAGAAAUCCUUCGGAUCCGCACACAGCUGAACAAGAUCUAUGAAAGACACUUGACGGGCAAGAAGAAGAUGACGCUCGAAGAGAUCGAAAAGAUGAUGGAGCGUGAUUACUUCCUUAGCGCCGAAGAGGCAUUGGAGCUGGGCGUUGUUGAUGAGAUCCUCGCGAGCAGAAAGAAGGCGCCGGGUGCGGACGACGACAAGUGA